AUGGCCACACAACGGUCCCCACAUACCACUUCAUCGAUACCAGCUCAGCCAAAGAGAAGCCCUUUCUCAUCGGCGCAAUCCCUCAUACCCCAUUCAGCUCGUCGUCCAUCGACCAGCAGCGUCACAAGCAACCAUAGUCCCAUUUCUUCUCAGGGCAUCGGUGCAUCACCCACAAUACCGCCAACGACACCUGCAGGCUCAGGCAUCCCAGCAUUCCGCUCUUUACGCUCUCUCCUUCCUUUUGGUCCUGGCAGGAAUGCCACUCCUAACUCCUCCGCGGCCUCGCCUAAUACGUCACGUAGCCCUUUCUCUGGGUUUGGCUCCGUGCGCCGUUCAAUGACAAAGGACCGCGAACGGAAGACUUCUUUGUCGAACGAUGCUCUCAUCAUGCCCGUCAUGGCUAUAGGAAAACCACUGAACGACGAAGAACAGGGUGUUCGGAGGUCCGCUUCUUUGUCGAGGUUGGACAACCAUCACCCCGGCGAACCGGAGAACGGUGACUUUGUCGAAGAGCUUCUUGCUCACUCUGGUAUGAGGAUGUUACGUACUCCUUCACCAGGACCGCCACUCUCACUUGACUUGUCGACGAUUAUGGAGGCAGACAGUUCUGGCAUAUCGAAAUAUGUACCUGUCCUCAGUACAAACGCCACCCCAGCCGAGUCCCGUUCGUCCUCUCCUACCAUUAUCAACCCGAAUCUCCUUCACGCCUCUUUUGCUGCUCCUCCCACAACCUCCGGUCAUAGUGACCCAACCACUCCCGAUACACGUAGCUCAGAUGGUGACGCGGAUACGUCCGCUUUGGACCUCUGCACUACCCACAUCGCUACCCAAGUAAUAGACGCAAUGCGUGCAUCAAACCACUCUGCUGAUGCACAGGAGUGGCUCAACUCUGACAAAGCGAUCAUCAUUGACGGGGACGACCAUCCAGAAGUCGUUGAUUCCAGUUUUAGUAUGGAUAUAAAUCUGGAAUCUGUGGAUCCAGCUCUUGCCGCUCUUCUGAGCCCAAAUUCCGCCACAACGGCGAAACCAUACAUUCCUUCUCCUCAGUCAUCUCCAACCACACCCAAGUCACCCUUCCGCGUGCAACGCAGUAGACAAUCCUCAUCCUUUCUCCCUCGUUUACGGCCUCCAAACACACCUUCACCGACGACUUCCGCCUUCCCCACCACACCUCUGUCCACAGCCAUUCCGUCUUCCAGUAGCGCGGGGACGACUCCAAACGAAUCACCAACAAAGGGGAAAGAGACUGCGGUCAAUGGGAAUAAGGGAAUACACGGCUCUCCUCCUUCUUCGCCUUCCUCACCAAUACGCAGGUCAUCAGCACCGACUUCGUCAACGCCUGCUGCGCAAAGACGGACGAUGGCCUUUGCGCACCCGCCAAAAUCGUUCACCCCCUCCAGUACGUCGUCGUUUUCAGCUGCGACUGCUGUCAGGGUGUUCGGUGCAGCAGAUAAGGGUGUUAGCGGCACCCCAAGUGGUAGUGGGAUUGCGAAGGGAAGAGCUGGUGCUCGUACACUGAGACAAGUCAUAUUGGGAGGACCUGCAUCAGAUUCUAAAAAACCUGGUUCAGAGGCGGUGCCUUUGUCAGCACCACCGCUUAUAUCAUUUUCUUCGCCUCCUUCUCCAUCCCGUGUAUCUGCGGCUCUUGGUCGGGGGUCUCUGGAUUCUAGAAGGUCGCCUGUUUUGAGAGAGGCAAGGCCAUCUCUGGACGUCCAACGCCCGGGGUUGGAAACCACUUCAACUCCACGUGGUUCGUUCGAGAAGCGUAGGAUUGUUUCUGGGUCUAUGCCUGGCAAACGCACUGGGUUGGGAGGGGGGAAUUUUUAUAUGCCACGAGGGUCUACCUCCCCUGAGAGAGAGGACUUUGGUACAGGUGGGGAAUCUUCCUCACCUUCGCCUCCUAUGGGAGGAGAAGAUGCAACGUCUUAUUAUCGACCAUCCUUGGACUCUAGUAGGCCGUCGUUGGAUAGUACAUCCCACUCUGGCUCCGCGGCUCGGCUACGUUCGCCUUCCUUGCGGAUCGAACGCAGUCACAGUGAUAACAACACUGUUCAUGGGAAUGCCAGCAACAACCGGCUCUCACCCAUGCCUUCUGCAGGACGCGUGAGGAAGCGAAGCAUGAGUGUCCAAGAACGACUAGGGAGGGGGUCGAAGCUCACUGCUGAUCGGGAGAGGGAUAAGGGGAUGAUGGCAGAGUUUGGAGUGUCGAGGCCUUCGAGCAGCUUAUCUAUGGGUCGGAGUGCAAGUUCCCGGUUGGGUGGAGGAGGGGAUGGUCCGAAAGCUGAGUGGUUGGGUCCUCGGACGGCUAAAGCUUUUCGUGCGGCUGGGUUGUUGGAUUUCGAGAGGGAGAGGGAGGAAGGAAGCGAUCCUUCGUCGACUGAGAAGGCGUUCGCUACCCGCGAUAGGAGUGGCAGUGCGGCUACUGUUCCUUCGCCUUUGGGCAACGGGGGUGGUAGUGUGAUUUCUGGAGGGCGGUUUGGUAGUUUGAGGGGAACGUCAGAGUUUGGUGGGGGCAACAGCGGCGGCAGUGGAUCGGGGUUUGGGAGGAGUCACUCGAGGAUGGCGCUUUCGGAGGCGGGUGGUGGGAGUGCGGGGAGGAGGGGGAGUGGAACGUUCUCUGCUUAUGGUGCUGGGGGUGGGUUGUUGGAGAGCCCUACGUUUACGGUGUCGAGUGGGAGUCGGGACAGGGAUACACCAAGAUCGACGACGUCGACUGCGCCUACAAGCAUUUCAGGGUCGUUUGGGUAUCUUGGACGGGACCGUGGAGAGCGUGACCGUGAUAGAGAACGGGAGAAGGAGGAAAUUCGUGAGCUGCGGGAUAAACAUCAAUUGGAGACUGGAGCUCUUCUCGGCGCUCUGUCUGAUUCACAGCGGACAGUCAGGGUUCUGAGAGAAGAGAAUUCGGAUCUGCGAGAACGGGUGGAGCGAUUGGCGGAUGCAGAGGCGGAGAAUGAUGAGUUAAGGAGGGUUUGCAGUGAGCUGCGGCAAGAGUGCACGGAUUUGAGGAGGGAGUGUGUUGAGCUGCGAAGGGAGAUGAGGUUGGGGGCGACGAGGACGCCUAGUGGGUUGGGGAACAGCUGGAGCAAUGCGAGCAGUAGUGGCUAUCGCACUCCUGUGCCUGUUAGGCAGAAACAGGGCCCCAGCGGGCGUUUGCAGGCUCAAUGGAAUCGGGACCGAGAUGAUCAGGAUAGACUGCUCACCGUCCCAACGGAAGAUCAACAUCCUCCGAUACUGGAUUUUGAUGAGGAAGCGAUUGAACCCGAGGACGACGAUGAGGAUGAUGAAGAACCUCCCUCCGCCGAACCUACUUCGUUGCUUCCAGCCCAACGGAGGCUCAGCACUACUUCCUCCAUCUUCCCCGUCCUUCCUCCGAACAUGACCAUGCUCCUUCACGAAGACGCGGCUCAUCCUGGGGAUCUAAGUGGCAGCAAUAGAAGCAGUAUGGAACAAUCUCACUUCCGUUUCCCCCCUUCGUCACAUAAGCAACCUCAGCCCCAACCUCAUGGGUUCCGUGGCAUGGAUGGCGGAGGGCACACUGCGAAUAUGUCCAUCAGCUCGGCUGCUAGCAUAUCGCCCACCACGGCGAACUUCUCUAUGGUGACUGGUAGUCCUGGCAGUCUGUUCUUGCGCCCGGAACAUGAAGUGCUGCUGGGUGAGAUGGAAAGUCUUGAUCUAGGCGUCAGGGGAGGAGAUGGGGAGUUGGAGUCGAGGAGCCUGGAUGGUUGGUGA